CUUUGCAUUAUUUAUCUGAUGAAGAAGCUGAAAGAAAAACUGAAAAUGAAACACGUUUAAAAUAUUCUGGAGGAAGACUACUAGAUUCUCAUUUAAAUGAGCUUGUAGUGUAUCUCGCAAAAGAAUAUGAAGAAUCACUUACUAAAAUUCAACAUUAUAAUUUACUUAAUAUACAUAAAGAGCUAUCAUAUAAUGUGAAAAACAAAACUGAAGAUGAAUUAAUAGCAAUGAUUCAAAGGUCUUAUCUGUUUGAGACGUUCAAGGGUGAAAAUAAUAAAAGUAAAGACUAUAAAGAUGAAAAUAAUAGAGAAUCAGAUGAUGAUUUAGUGAUUCCUAAUCAUCAAAUAGUAGUUUUUGUUAUUAAUAAUAUUGUAGAUUUGCAUUAUCAAGCAUUUAAUCAAGUAGAAAAUUUGUAUAUUUUUAAUGAAGACAACAAUAAUUCUGAUGUUGCUAUGAAUGAAGAUCAUGAAUUUAAUUUAGAAGAAUUA